AUGGCUACGGUGGUGCAGGUGGUGGGCUCUUGGCUCAUGCAGCGCGUGCGCCUGGCCAAGAAGGCCCGGCACGCGGAGAUGACCUACACCGUGGGUGAGAUUCCGGUGGACGACGGCUGGGGUAAGGAGAUCGUCUCCCGCAUCAGCACGGACCUCAAGACCGAGGGCCGCUGCUUCAGCGACUCCAACGGCCGCGAGAUGUUGGAGCGGCGCCGCGACUUCCGAGCCACCUGGAAGCUGAACCAGACGGAGGAGGUGGCAGGCAAUUACUACCCGGUCACCACCGCACUCUUCAUUAGGGACGAGGCGGCUCAGCUGACGAUGCUUACCGACGUGUCCCAGGCGGGCACUGGCUGUGUGCGCGACGGGGAGAUCGAGCUGAUGAUCCACCGGCGGCUGCUGAAGGCUUUGCGCUCUCAGUCGCAGCUGGCUUUGCCUUUGCCGCCUUUGAAGCUUGACUGCCGCUUGCUUUCGAGCUUGGUGGCUCAAUUCUGGGGGAGCUUGGUGGCUCAAUUCUGA